AUGGUGCCGGGCGGAAAAGGCGCCAACCAGGCAGUAGCAGCUUCCCGCCUUGCAGCUGGUACUCCCAGGAAGGCUCAGUUCGUUUGCCAACUCGGAAAUGACUCGCAUGCCACAAAGCUGGAGCAGGUACUCGUGGACAACGGCUUAGAUCUCAGCGGCUGCGGCCGGGCCCAGAAGCCGUCUGGGCAAGCUUUCAUUUUCCUGGAGGCAGAUGGUUCCAACUCCAUUCUCAUCGUCGGCGGGUCGAAUGUCGCGUGGCCUGCAGAAGUUGUCGACUUCCAGAGGCUCAUACAGGGGGCGAGUGCCGUCCUACUCCAACAAGAGAUUCCAAAGUACGUCAAUGAGGCCGUGGCCUCCGUUGCCCAUGCAGCGGGCGUGCCUGUGAUUCAAGAUGUUGGUGGCGAAGAGCGUGACUUUCCAGACGAGUGCCCAGCUCAGCUCGACUAUAUCUGCCCAAAUGAGACGGAGCUGGAGAGGCUAACUGGCAUGCCAACAGACUCGGAGGCAAAAGUUGCCAGGGACUUGUUGAGUUUGCAGAAGAGGGGCGUCAAGAACGUCCUUUGCACUCUUGCCAUGCCGCAAGAUUCUUUGGACAACCAAAUGGCGAAUAAGCAGGGCAGCAAAGGCGUCGAGGAUGAGGAUGAGCCUACAACUCAAGCACUCGAUGAAGACGACGUCAUUAUCAUGCGCACUUAUGGCGUUGGUCCCUAUGUCGGGCCGAUCAAGACUGCAGAGAAGGAGGCCAAAGAGUACAUCAGCAAGAUCAACAAGCUUAUUGGAGUUAAGGAGCUUCUUUCCCAUCUCUUUGAUCAACAGAGGGAAUCUGACACCGGCCUGGCCCCUCCAAGUCAGUGGGAUCUGGAAGGCGACAAACAGAUGAUGAAGCAGGAGCAAGCACUGCAAGUAGCCCGGGUGACCAAGAUUAUUGAUCCGGGCACGGAUGACACCAAGUACGUCAUCAAGAUCCGCGAGUUCGCUAAGUUUGUUGUUGGCCUUGGUGAGAAGGUGUCCGCCACUGACAUCGAGGAGAGUAUGCGCGUCGGUGUGGACACGUCCCAUGGAGGAAAGUACCGAAUUCAAAUCCCGCUGCCACCAAAGAUCGACCCAUCUGUAACAAUGAUGACGGUCGAGGAGAAGCCUGACGUCACUUACAAUGACGUGGGUGGCGCCAAGGAGCAGCUGGAGCGGCUUCGAGAGGUUGUGGAAAUGCCACUGCUCCAACCCGAGCGGUUCGUUGCUCUAGGCAUUGACCCGCCCAAGGGAGUGCUGCUGUAUGGGCCGCCGGGCACCGGGAAGACGUUGACCGCACGUGCGGUGGCAAAUCGUACCGAUGCAUGUUUCAUCUGCGUCAUUGGCUCCGAGCUUGUCCAACGCUAUGUUGGUGAAGGAGCACGCAUGGUGCGCGAGCUCUUCCAGCUUGCCAGGACAAAGAAGGCCUGCAUCCUUUUCAUCGACGAGGUAGAUGCCAUCGGUGGCUCCCGUGGCGGAGAUGAAGGCAACAGUGAUAGCGAGGUCCAACGAACAAUGCUGGAGAUCGUGAAUCAGUUAGAUGGCUUUGACUCACGUGGCAAUGUCAAGGUUCUCAUGGCGACAAAUCGCCCUGACACAUUGGACCCUGCAUUGCUGAGACCUGGUCGUCUGGAUCGCAAAAUCGAAUUCGGACUGCCUGAUUUGGAAGGACGUACGCACAUCUUUAAGAUCCACGCAAAGACAAUGGCAAUUGACAGGGAUGUGCGAUUUGAGCUUCUAGCACGGCUUUGCCCCAACACCACAGGUGCCGAGUGCCGCAGCGUUUGCACAGAAGCUGGCAUGUAUGCCAUCCGAGCCCGUCGAAAGAGCAUCUCCGAGAAAGACCUGAUAGAUGCCAUCAACAAGGUUAUCAAAGGCUAUUCGAAGUUCUCUGCUACGCCAAAGUAUAUGGUCUACAACUGA